AUGGCGACUGUUGUCGUCCAGCAACACCAGCAGCAUACGCUGCAACAUUCGACUCCACCUCCGUCGCCGAUUCCCCCAGCCCUCACUGUCAACCGGCGAGCAAGCCCAAUCCCCAACCGACACCUGCCGGCAUGCCCAACGGGACCCUCGGCCGCUGCCUCGGAACCCUCCCCAUUGGAACUGCCCGUGUCGCGGUCGGUCAAUCAGAUCCAUUCGCUCCUAUACCCCCCAGACAGAUACGUUCGCAUUGCACGCGCUCCCUCACCAGCCGUGUACACCCUGGAUAUCAACCAAUUGGCAGCCGCCAUUAAUCAUCUGGCAUCCCAACCAUUGCCAGACCCGGCCCAAAUGUUCCCGUGGCUGCAUGGCCUGCAUCCAGAUAACCAUCUGCAGCUGGGCUUCUUCUCGAGCCGUAAGCGCUCACUGCGCCGUGCGCCCAAAUGCUGGCGUGGCAUCACCAUUGUCAAGCUCGGCGGCGAUCUCAGCAAAGCACGCCUCAAAGGCGCCGUCUCCGCAAGUGAGGUGAUCGCGCCGUCGGCGCGCUUCUUGAUGUCGGACCCCCCUGAAGGCUUCUCGGUUCGGAACUUCCAGAUUCAAACGGCUAAGUUGGCCGCGAUGUCAGACAUCGUCAUCUAUGCCGAAGAUGGAGCGAGCCGUUCGGAGCUUCUGGUGCUUGCCGAGGAGUUUGCAACAGCCCAGCAAGCAUGGCGGCUGAAGAAUGACCCCGCCCAGGAACGUCCAGCGUACAACACCUUUGUCGUCACCAGUAGCUUUGCUGAUAUUGAGAAGAAAUGCCCCCACCUGGUAGCUAUUGACUCGGAAGGUCAAAUCACGGGCCAGGUUAUGGACUUUUUCCAAUGGGAGCGCUUGGAGAUGUGCAGCAUGUCGCAGGCCUCUGAGAUCUCACGCAAUGUCUUCCUUGGGCCCACGCCUGACUACCUGUUGAGACCAGGUGCAUGCCAGCCACCGAAAGAGGAGCCUUAUGAUCUGUUGAUUGAAGCCAGUGAUUUGGCGAGCAUCCCAGGUCCGCGUUUCUUAGGCAUGAUUGACAAGCAAUUGGAACAAGGCACCCAGCGCCUAGAAUUUCCCUCCUCGGGCUCCAUUGUGCUUCCGUCGGGCAAUACCCGCGAGGUGGAGGAUCUUGUCAAUACCAUCCGAUGGAUCUAUUACUUAGCAAACCCCGACGAGCCAGCAGAGGUGGUGGACCAUGAUGGAGAUGUUGGAAUGACUGGCAAAAAGCCUCGAAAAGUGUUUAUCCACUGUGCUGAUGGCUACACCGAGAGCUCCGUGCUGGCUCUGGCUUAUUACAUGUUCGCCGAGGGGGUCCCUGCACCGGAUGCUUGGCUGCAGUUGCAUUGUGACAAGAAGCGAAACUUCUUCACAUAUCCUACAGACGUUGCGUUCCUUAGUCAUGUUCAGUCACGUCUGUUGCAGGAAAGUCCUGUGAGACGCUCAAUCGACACCAACAUUUGGGAUCCCGACUGGUUCUUGAAAAUCGAUGGGUCUUUGCCCAGCCGCAUCUUGCCAUACCUAUACUUGGGGAACCUAAACCACGCUAACAAUCCGGAUUUGCUGUGGGAACUUGGCAUUCGACGCGUUUUGAGCAUUGGCGAGCCUGUCUCCUGGACUGACCAGGGGCGUGCCAAAUGGGGCGAGGAAAAUCUGAUGCUCAUUGACAACGUGCAGGAUAACGGUAUCGACCCGCUGUGGCAAGAAAUUGACCGGUGUCUGGAAUUCAUUGAAAAAGGAAAGAGCGAUGGCACAGCGACUUUGGUUCACUGUCGCGUUGGCGUUUCCAGAUCAGCGAGCGUUUGCAUUGCCGAGGUGAUGGCAGCUCGGAAUCUCUCAUUCCCACGUGCCUAUUGUUUUGUUCGGGCCAGACGUCUGAACGUAAUUAUUCAGCCUCAUUUACGUUUUGUUUAUGAGCUUCUGCAAUGGGAAGAACUUCAGGCCAAGAAACACAGCUCAUCUGUACACGAGUUAGAAUGGGCAACCAUCUGUCGCGAAAUAGCCCUGCUCAACAAGCCAUAUUCAAGAGGCUAG